AUCAUUGAUGAAGCAGACCGCAUGAUUGACAACAUGCACCAGGACUGGCUAGCCCAGGUUGUGAAGGCUGUGUAUGGACCUGAUGAAGGCACUGGACCUUGUCACCUGUUCAGGAGGGCACCGCAGGACCCUAUCACAGCGGCCAGAGCCUUCUUCCCUCAGUUCCCUCUGCAAAAGCUCCUCUUUUCAGCCACGCUGAGCAAGGAUCCAGAGAAGCUGCAGCAACUGGGCCUCUAUAAGCCUUGCCUCUUUACUUCUGUCUACUCCAAGACGCAGCCUGGUGGCACUGCAGUGCAGCAGGAGACUGAGAAGAAUUACACCCUCCCCGAGGGGCUCUCG